AUGAUCGGGACCUACCAUGGGGCGCGCUUCUGGUGCAACCUCGACGCGUGCGGGAUCCUGUGCGUCCUGGCGACAUGGUCCAUGCUGCUCUUCUCGGUCUACAUGGUGACCUCGGUGCUGCUGCGCCCGACCCCGUUCGAGCAGUGCCUGUCCGCGCCGAAGGUGCUCACCUCCCUGGCCUUCGUCUCCCUCGCCGCCGUCGCCGCGACGGCGCACGUGAGGACGAUGCUCACGAACCCCGGAGCGGUGCCGCGAGACGCGGCCCCGCCGCCACCCGACACCGGCGGAGGGGGGGAGGGGGGGGUUAAUCGCGGUGGUCGGGGCGAGGAGGAAGAGAACGACCUGGAAACCACUCGCCUCACGAAAACACCGGCGUCCUCUUCGUCGGGUGCUGUUGUUGCCGCGGCAACGCCACCGACCCAGGGCUCGCUUCCUCCAGAGGAGAGGGGCGGCGCGUUGUUGCCGACGUCGUCGGCGGGCCAGCGGCGGGAGAGGCAGGAGGGGGAGGGUCGGGGCGAGCAGCAGCGUGCGUUGAAGUGGUGCUACAAGUGCGACGCCUUUAAGCCAGCACGGGCUCACCAUUGCAGCCUUUGCCAGCGGUGCAUCGUCAAGAUGGACCACCACUGCCCGUGGGUGAACAAUUGCGUGGGCAUCGGAAACCAGAAGCUCUUCUUGCUGUUCUGCGCCUACACUUGCGCGCUUUGUGUGUUCGCGUUGAUGAUCGAACUGGUCGUAAUGGUACUUAUCGGGGACGACCGUCGUUCAGAGGAGUGUCGCCUCUCGCCGUCCGACCACGCGGCGACCGUUGCCCUGACGGCCAUCUCCAUCAUGUUCGGGCUCUUCACGUGCUGCAUGGCGUGCGACCAGUGCCAGGUGGCUUCGACCAACCAGACCAAGAUUGACAGGCUCAAGGGCGAAGUCCACGACUCGGUGGACGGCGGCGCGAACGAGGUGUUCGGCGGAAUGGACGGACAAAAGUGUCGGUGUCACUGGGUGUUGCCGCUGCCGGCGCGCUUCCCGGAGGGUGACGCCGCGGCCAGAAUAUUCGGCUACUGCACCGGCAGGCGCGGUCGAGGCCGCGACGGGGGCGGCCAGACGCGCGCCCUGGCAAGCGGCGGCGGGGACGGUGGCGAUGCCAGUGAUUUGGCCGGUGACGGCGGCGGCGGCGGCGGCAAGGGGGACUUGUACGCCACCCCCGAGGCCGAAGCUGGCUUGAGGCACUCGGCGGAGCGGAGCUUGGGGGAGCGAGUGGCGGCGAUGCCUGAGGCGGACUGCGGGUCCGAAGGAGAGUUUCGGUAG